ACUAAGUUUUGGCAGAUGUCCCCGUCUGGCCCAGGAACAAGUACAUGACACUAAGUUGAGGGAAGGUCAGAGAACAGUGAAAAAACAAGAAACCAAAAGGGGAUCUGGGACUCUGCUGACAACUACCAUAAUCUAGAAUCUUGCUUGAAGAUCUUAGUGCAUGUGACGCCCAACAUCAUAUGAGGUAGGAAGGAUAACAAUACAGUUGGGCAUCGUGUGAAGCUACACUACAGCAGAAUGCUUGUCCUGACUUGUUCAUCGAAGCUUGCUACUCUGAGACGACUUUUAGCCCACAGCUUUCCAGAAUCGCUGAAGGCAUGUGGAGCUCUGCAUCACGUGAUCAUUGGCAACCCAUUCAAACUAGAGGUCCUGGUUGACCAGUGGCCAGACGUCUCCACCGUCAUAUGUCGUCCCUCAUUGGAGUACAUGAAGGACCCCUCAGAUCAGUAUACCAAUACCUACUUUCUGUUCAGUAAAGACCUUCAGAAUCUUCGCCAAAUGCUGGAAGAUCCCCGAGUUGUAAACUGGAAACAAGAUCUUCAAAUACAAGGUUGCCAGCCAACACUGGGAGGUGUACUGCAAGAAGUUAGUUCCAAACAUGGAAGGCAGAUACACACAACCAGUAACUUUCUAUACAUGAGAGACAGAAUGACAGAUGAAGAGCUGGAGAACGUCAACAGUAUAAGUUCACAUGAAUUGUGGUACACCCCACUCUUGGUUCAUGAAGCUCCACUUGUUAACAGUCGAUGGGCAUUUGGAAUGAACCAGAGAAGUCUUCGCUUUAUAGAACGUUGCAUUCAGAACUUGCCUACCAUCUGUGUCCGGAAAAAAGGGCUGGAUCAUCCGAUUGCCUGGGGCUUAAUAGAGAACUCCAUGGAAAUACGCAUGGGCUAUACCCUUUCUGAUUACAGGAAUCUUGGUCUCGCACAUAACGUACUACUCAAGCUUGCAGCAGCCAAUUAUGAAAAAGAAGCUCCAACUUAUGUACAUACAGCACCUGAUAAUAUACCAAGUCAAGCUUCUAUACUAAAGGCAGGGUUUCAACUCACUGGCAGAUGGGAGCAAUGUUACUUCAAGCAAAAGAGCUAAACAUACUAAACGUACAAGCUAUCAAAAAACUGCAAACCAGCAAAACUACCCUGUUUCAAAGGAAACCUGCUGGUGCAUAAGAAACCAGCUCACAUUUAUCCUGGUGCCAGUUCUAGACCACAGUUUUUUUAAGACAUUUUUAAGAAUAAGAAGGUUCACACAAUCUUACCCGGAGAUCAGAGGAGUCUAUCAAACAGAUAGUGGCACUGUGGAUAGUGACACAUGUGGAAAAAACUAUUUAGGUACAUCAUUUACAGAG